AUGGCCAGAGGCCACGUCCCUCUAAGGCUUCAUCCGGAGGAGGCUAUGGCCCGCUCUGGAGCGCAGGCAUUGGCAUUGCUAGAAACCAACACCGCAAAUGUCCUAACUAUAAGUCUCUACACAAUGCCUUACCACAUCUACUCUUCAUCAAUGGACCUUGCCCUCUCCAACACAUCUAUCAUCACAUAUCCUAUUGGCGUAUUACAAGCCGCCAAUGGAGACGGAGGCAAGGAUCCAGGCUACAUUGUCCUGAACAAUGGCGACACUGGCAAGGACCCUGGUGCCCGCGAGACAGAGACUCAAGGCAUCAGCGCUCUCCUCUUCGCAUGCUGCAGCGAUCGUUCCUCUUCAGAAGCCUAG